GCAACUUCAUCACCUGUUAACGAGUUCAGACAAAUCUUCUCUUGAUCUCACUGCAGAUAGCUACAAGCCUCCUUUUUUUGUUUGUUUCAGAAGCAUCAUCGAAUUGUACUUUGACAGCCCAAAAACCCUAACCCUAAGUCUUAUCCUUCUCAUUAGGCUCUGUCAAAAUAGCCUCUUCAAUCAUGGCGCUUCAUGGAUCUACCUUUUGUUACAAAGUAAAUUUUAUUGAUAGGCGGCUACCCUGUUCUUGCAUUAAUAGCUGCAAGAGGUUUCCCCACCUCUCUUAUCCUUCCCUUAAGGACAACAAAUUGUUUCCGCUAUCUACUGCAGCGCAUUAUUGUGCUCUCAAGUUGCACAUUGUAGGAAGAACUUCAGUGCCCUUUGCAAAAGCUUCCCGCUUGUUGUCAAUAAGAGCAUGUCAAGUAAAAAGUGAAGACUCUGAGGAAAUGCUGAGUGGCGAAAGCAUCAUAUUGGAUGAGCAAGCCUUAACACGGGACUUGCAGAUUGCCAUUGAAGAAGAGAACUAUGCCCAAGCUGCUAAAAUCAGGGAUAGCCUUCGACUGCUCCAGGAGGAUAGUAAGGCUUCGGUACUGGCAGCAAAUGCCCGGUUUUAUAAUGCAUUCAGGAAUGGUGAUUUAGCUUCAAUGCAGGCCCUUUGGGCAAAAGGCGAUAAUGUUUGUUGUGUGCACCCAGGUGCAAGUGGAGUUAUCGGUUAUGAUGAUGUUAUGGAGAGCUGGGAGCUUGUAUGGAUGAACUAUGAUUUCCCAUUGGAGAUUGAGUUGAAAAAUGCCAGAGUUCAUUUUAAGGGGGAUGUAGGUUACGUUACAUGUGUGGAAUUUGUUAGGACAAAAGGUAGCAGUUGGGGAGCUCAGUUUGUAACAAAUGUUUUUGAGAGGAUUGACGGUCAAUGGUUCAUCUGUAUUCAUCAUGCUUCACCUGUUGAUUUAUGAGAAACUAAUAAUGAUAUGUAUUACUCCUGUUUUUCCA